CAUUUAUUAAUUCGUUAAACCACUUCGGCAAUUUCAAUUCUGCAGGCUGCUCCAUUGUCAUUGUCCCUCUCUCUCUCUCUCUCUCUCUCUCUCUCUCUCUCCAGUCUUCGCAGCUACGACUCCUGCGGAUCUCGAUUCUCGGCAAUGGCUUCCAGCCCCGCACUCAACAAGGUCGGAGGCGACGCUACUGUGGCGUCGGAGUCCGUCUCCGAGGAGAAUUCGCCGCCGGCGAAAAAUUCCGUGAAGCAGAACGGCUACGACACCACUAUCAGAAGCCACAGCUCCGGCAGCGGCGACAGGUUUGAGUAUUCCGGCUGGGUUUUUCAUCUCGGUGUGAAUAAAAUUGGGCGCGAGUAUUGCCACUUCCGCUUUCUCAAAAUACGCGGCAAGUAUUUGGAGAUGUACAAACGCGAUCCUCAUGACAAUCCCGGCACUAAACCUAUUCGAAGGGGUGUCAUAGGACACACACUUAUGGUAGAGGAAUUGGGUCGACGGAAGGUGAACAAUAUUGAUAUGUAUGCGCUAAGGUUCUACAAUCGUUUGGACGAAGAAAAAAAGGGUGAGAUUGCUUGUACUACAGCUGGUGAUGCCCGAAAAUGGAUGGAAGCAUUUGAUCACGCUAAACAAGUGGUAGAAUACGAGUUAUCAAGAGGUGCUAGUGUGAGAAACAAGCUGAGUAUGGAGGAUGAGAUUGACCUGGAGGGUCAUCGGCCUAGAGUGCGGCAUUAUGCUCAUGGAUUGAAAAAGCUAAUAAGGAUUGGACAAGGGCCAGAAAUGCUUGUGCGCAAAGCCUCAAGCUUAUCUGGGAAUAGUUUGGAGACAUAUUAUGAUGCAGAUGGUGGCGAUGCUGUUGAAGCACAUGAAUGGAGGUGUGUCCGCACAGUCAAUGGUGUGAGAAUAUUUGAAGAUGUCGCCAGCUCCACGAAUGGUAAAGGGGUACUGGUCAAAGCGGUUGGUGUUGUAGAUGCGAGUGCUGAUACCGUGUUUGAAAUUGUGUUAAAUACUGAUCGACAAAGGAGAUACGAGUGGGAUGCUUUGACUGGUGACUUGGAGUUGAUUGAUUCUAUAAAUGGACACUAUGAUGUUGUGUAUGGGACUUUCGAUCCACGUUAUCUAACUUGGUGGCAGUCAAAGAGGGACUUUGUCUUUUCAAGGCAAUGGUUUCGCGGACAAGAUGGAAAAUACACAAUCCUGCAGUUUCCUUCUAUACACAAGAAUCGGCCUCCAAGAUCCGGCUACGAACGCACAAAAAUUAACCCUUCCACAUGGGAGAUGAGUGAUUUAAGCACAUCUUCUUCAGCAAAUGGUGCAAGAUGUCUCAUCACACAAACACUAGAAAUAAACCCCAAAGGUUGGUUCAAGUGGAGGAAUAAGCACUGUCCGAAGUUUGAAAAGACUGUUCCUUAUGCGUUACUAAGUCAAGUAUCAGGUCUAAAGGAAUAUAUUGGCGCAAACCCAGCACUUGCAUCAGUGUUCUCCACCACAAUAGUUCAUUCCAAAUCAUCUGAUCUUUCUGGAUCCAACAGUGAAUUUGAGGAUGCAGAAGGAGCGGAUGAGUUCUAUGAUGCAACUGAUGAUUCAUCCUCUGAUGACGACGACGACGAGAACGACAACAAAGAAGUCAAUAAGGACAUGAAGACUAAACUGAGGAACAUAUCCUGGGCCAUAGCAGGUCUAUCAGCAAAAAGGGCUUCAGGGCAAGAAUCAAGUGUGUUGAAUACACUUGUAUCUCCGAUUAAUCUCGAUUCAGAUGAGUUUCAUGGGACCAUGAGGAGAGCGAAGGAUGAACUUGACAAGAAUUGCUGGUCAUCUCCUGAUGGUUCUGGAUUCAUGAUCAGGGGGAAGACAUACUUGAAAGAUGGCAUGAAGGUGAAGGGGGGAGAACCUCUUCUCAAGCUAGUAGCAGUUGACUGGUUCAAGGUGGAAAAUUGUGCCUCAAAAGUUGCACUGCAUCCUAAAAGCCUGGCCCAGAGUGCGGCAGGGAAAAAGCUUCCAUUCAUCUUCAUUAUCAAUCUUGAGGUGCCUGCUAGACCGAACUAUAGUCUUGUUCUCUAUUAUGCUGCAGACAGGCCUGUAAUCAAGAGCUCACUAUUGGGAAAAUUUAUUGAUGGCACUGACAUGUAUCGUGAUUCAAGAUUCAAACUUAUUCCAAGCAUUACUGAGGGGUACUGGAUGGUAAAACGUGCUGUCGGAACCAAAGCUUGCAUUCUUGGAAAAGCAGUCACGUGCAAUUACCUUAGACAAGACAACUUUCUCGAGAUUGAUGUGGAUAUUGGUUCAUCGUCUGUAGCCAGGGGCGUAAUCAGUCUCGUUCUUGGAUAUGUUACAAGCCUUGUCGUUGAUCUUGCCAUAGUUAUCGAGGCAAAAGAAGAGGCAGAACUGCCCGAAUUCAUUCUUGGAACUGUUAGGCUAAACCGUGUACAGCUUGAUACUGCUGUCGACUUAGAUCAGUGACCGGUUAAUGAAACCAAUCUUUGUUGCCGACAUGAUUCAUUUGUUACAGCAGGUCUGCUUAUGAAUGUAUAGAGACAACGUCCAAAGUUUACAUAUUUUUUUCAUGAGACAGCACUAUCUCUAUCUACUUUGAUUUCAAACAUUUGGUGUAUAGUGCACAUUUUUUUUGUUUACAAGGUAAUGUGAUGUUUUAAAACAAGCAGUUGAAGCUGA